ACGAUUCAUUCAAUUAGUACAAUAUUGACAGAGUCAAUGACUAUGCAGUAUGCCGACGCGUUCUGUUCAAAAACAGUUUUUGUAUUUCUUUGUGUUGGAAGUUUGCAAAAUAUUUAAUUUUAUCAUUCAUGGCCGGUACAUUAACUUUAUGGACAUUCCUUGUCAUUACACUGACCAUUCCUAUUCUUGCUCCUUUUGUUGGUGCACGUGGCAUUAUGCGCUUCAAUAUUAAACCACCACGCGUACCAGCAAAGCCUAAGCCGAUAGUUAGUCGAAAUCAGUAUUGGAGUGAUCGAAAAUUUCACUUUCCGCCUUUCCCACGAACACAGUUUCGACAUCCACUGCAUCCACAACCAAAGUAUCGACAUCCGCCUGCUCGUUUGUCAUCGUUAUUUACAUGGCCAUCAAUUGACCAAAAUUAUAAUCAGACUAAUCACUCGUCGUCAACAACUACUCCACCUACUGGAGACGAAGUAUUAGCAGUGCAUCUGCAACCAAAGUACCAACAUUCGACUGCUCGUUUGUCAUCGUUAUUUACAUGGUCAUCAAUUGACCUAAAUUAUAAUCAGACUAAUCGCUCGCCGUCAACAACUACUCCACCUACUGGAGAUGAAGUAUUAGAAGUGCGACCACAACCAAAGUAUCAACAUUCGCCUGCUCGUUUGUCAUCGUUAUUUACAUGGCCAUCAAUUGACCUAAAUUAUAAUCAGACUAAUCGCUCGCCGGCAACAACUACUCCACCUACUGGAGAUGAAGAAUUAGCAGUGGUUGUGACUGUAAUUCUAAUGCCAAUAUUUUUAGUUCUCUUGGUUCUGCGGUUUGUUUGUUAGUUUAUUAGAAUGUGGGAACUGUUGUUAGUUCUUUAUGCUUCUGUGCUCAAGAAGAAACCUAAUCAAUUCAAUGUGACAAUUUAUUUUAAGUUUUAAGAUUUUAAUGUUCGAAGUUCCUUCGAAUCGAUUUACUUUUUAAGAAAAAUCAUGUAAUAUUUCUUAUUCACAUUUACAUAAUAUUUACAAUAAAUGUGAGAUCAACUGAU